AUGCUUGUGUGCCGCCCGUUGAGGCGGCUGUAUCUCCGUACAGCAUUCCAAUAUGAGAAAACCAUUUUCAGCAAGACCAUUCUCAUAGCCGCCUUUAGCACCUUCACUGGUGGCCGGUCACAGAAGUCCGACAAAUACCUUCCCCCGCGCCCAACCUUACCAGACGCUGAGAUCAAACACACCUAUGUCAAGGGCACUGGACCCGGUGGUCAGAAGAUCAACAAGACCAACUCGGCCGCGCAGUUGACACACGUCCCAACUGGCAUUGUUGUCAAGUGUCAAGCCACGCGCAGCAGAAGUCAAAAUCACAACAUUGCAAAGAGGAUCCUUGCCGAGAAAGUGGAGUUGUUGGAAAAGGGCGAGGAAAGCCGGGCGGCCAAAGUGGUGGAGAGAAAGCAGCGCAAGAAGAGGAGCGCGGACAAAAAGAAGCGCAGGAAGUACAGACGACUGGCAGAGGAGAAGCUGGGGAGUCACGGGGGAGUGUAUGCUGAAGAAGAAGAUGAUGGCUUGGAGGAAGACAUGAACAGAGAGCUGGAGGGCCAGACGUCGACUCAACAAGAGAGCAACCAAAUGCCGAGAGGAUGA